AUGAUAAUCAAAAAAUUAUUGUUGAAAAAUAAACGUUUUAAAACUAUACAAGAAACAAAACGGAAAUGGUUAAAUUAUUUUUUCAAUACUUAUGAAUUUCAAAUAAUAGAAUGUGAACAACAAUAUCAAUGUGAAUUCAUUAAAUUGCAAACACAAUUAUUGAAUAAUUCUACUACUAAUAAUUCAUCGUCACUUUUCGUCAAUCAUAUCAAAGAACUUAUGAAUUAUCUAGCAUCAAGAUUACAAAAAGAUAUUUAUAAUGAAAUGUCAUCGUUCCAACAAAUAACAAUUCAAAAUCGUGAACGUUCAUCAUCAUCGACAGCAACAAAACAUACUAUUGGUGUGUCUCUUGAGUCCUAUCUCGAUGUGAUACGCAAUCCGUUUGAUACACGUCAAUGGAAUCAUCUUUCACUUGCUAGUGAAUUUGAAAAGAAAGUAGAAAAUUUUUUUCGAGAUACACAUGCUUUUAUUGAAUUAUCUUAUAAUCCAUUUAAUGAAAUUUUUGAUAAAGUUAUUCAAUUACUUAAUAAACCACAAUCCAAUAAACGUAUUCUACAAUGGCAAUUUAAACAAAAUGAUGAUAAUAUACCAAUUCGAUCCAUUAAAAACACAAUACGUGCUGUAACAAGAAAUAUUUCAAAAUUUUUAGAUGAAAUAUUACGACGCAUCUUUGAUAAGCAUUGUACAACAACAACAACAAGAAUUAUUGAUGGUGCGCAUUUAAUAACUGAGCUUACAAAACAUAUUAAAAAAGGUCUUUUCAAAUCAACCACUCUUUUAUGUACAUUUGAUAUUGAAAAUUUAUUUACCAAGUUACCACUAGACGAAGCAUUGAAUAUUCUUAUGGAAUUUCUUCAUGUCCAUGGUUAA